AUGCUGACGGCACCGGAGUUUCUGCGCAAGGUUAUCGACUGGUUCCUCUAUCAGUUUGCCGUGGACGUGGAGCUGACAGCCAUCACAACCUUUAUCAAAGACAACUUCAGUAAGUCUGCGGUUGUAGUUUUAUCUUCCCAUGGGUCUUGA